AGGAGCCGAGGCGGUGGCAGGCAGGUGGGCAGGGCCGCCCGCAGCGCCGCGGGGCCCCGCUCGCUCGCCAUGCACCUCACCCAGCUCAACCGCGAGUGCCUGCUGCACCUCUUUUCCUUCCUGGACAAGGACAGCAGGAAGAGCCUGGCCAGCACCUGCCCGCGGCUGCGCGCCGUGUUCGAGGAGCCCGCGCUCUGGCCGCUGCUGCACUUCCGCUCGCUUGCCGAGCUGCGCAAGGACAACUUCCUGCUGGGCCCGGCGCUCCGCAGCCUGUCCAUCUGCUGGCACUCCAGCCGCGCGCAGGUGUGUGGCACCGAGGACUGGCGCAGGAGCGCCUUCCACAGGGCCAUCUGCAGCGGCCACGAGCGCCUCGUCAACGACUUCCUCCUCCAGGUGUGCGACAGGACCAAGCCCGCACUCCCGGGGCAGAGGGUUCCCAGCGGGUACCAGGAAGCCCGGGGCUCAGCGCUCUGUCCAGUCUCUGAAGGUUCCCAGGGCAGAUCCGGAUGGCGCGACACCGAGAGCUCAGAACCACGCUCCAGGCAGCACUGGCUCCCGCCUGGCCCAGCGAGGUUACGGUCGGCCCGGGGUCCGCAGCCAGCGAGCCACAGCCACGCCCAUCACGGAGCGCCCUAGGCCACUGUCCGUAAAGCCAGAACCUGCACCUGAACUCGAAGGCGGGGGCUCCGGCGCUCGCAAGCGGCCAUGCCCAGAACAUUUCAGAUCCUUUCCCCAGGCGCAUGGAGCAGGGCUGGCCAGCCGGGCGCGGCCAGGGGGCUACGGUGAGGCCGGGAACAUCCGGCACCCCCAGGCUGCACCUCGGCGCCCGGAUCCCCGGAGCAGUCCUGCUCCUGUCUGUUUUCUGGAAAAGUGGAUGCCCACUGCACAGAGAGGGGCCCCCGGUGCUCACAUCGCUCCCACGCGCAGAGGGAAGCUCGCUGCGGUCACCCAGCAGACGCGCCCCGAACCCAGCCCCGUCCGACUCCGCCCCAGAUCUUCUCCCCGCGGCAGGCCCGGGCGGUCUCAGCGGGCGCCCUGCCAGGGUCGCCGCUCCCCCGCACCGAGGCCACACCGCGGCGACGCGCCCGGCUCCGCCCCGGGAACACCUCCCCGCGCUGCCAGGGGCGGGCCUCGGCCCCGCUCAC